UCAUUUAACCUCAGCAGUCUUUGGAUUAAAAGCAUGUCGCAGCCAGCAAAUGACAUCGGAAGUGCAGGGCUUGAAGUUGAAAACGCUGAUAUGAGCAGCUGUGAAAUUGCUGCCAAUGACAUUGUUAAACUGACCCACGGCAAGCUCUCCACAGAGGAGGUUUCUGCGUCGGUGGUGUGCCCUUCUUGUGGGGCAGUCUCUCUGUUUAUUGGAAUAACAAGAAACAGUUUUGAAGGGAAAAAGGUUGUUGAGUUGGAAUAUGAAGCCUACAUCCCAAUGGCUCAGUCGGAGAUGAAGAAGAUCUGCUGGGACGUGAGGCGGAAAUGGCCAUCAGUAAAACACAUUGCCAUUCAUCACAGACUAGGGGUGGUCCCGGUAUCUGAAGCAAGUGUCAUAAUAGCCAUUUCCUCGCCUCACAGAAGUGAAUCUCUUGAAGCAGUAAAAUACUGCAUAGAUACACUAAAAGCAACUGUUCCAAUAUGGAAGAAAGAAAUUUAUGAAACUGAGGACUGUUCUUGGAAGGAAAACAAGGAGUGCAGGUGGGCAGGGAGCAGAGAGAAAUAAUACUGGAACACUGCACGAGGAAGCAGAGGGAACAGAAAUAAUACUGGAACACUGCACAAUGAAACAGAAAUAAUACUGGAACACUGCACGAGGAAGCAGAGGGAACAGAAAUAAUACUGGAACACUGCACAAUGAAACAGAAAUAAUACUGGAACA